CUACUUCUUCUAAUCUGAACAGGAUUGUAUAACGAUGAACAUUUCUUUGGUCCUAAUGAUAAAUUAACACAAUAACGUGGUGGAUAGAGAAAAUGAACCAGAUGAAGUACGGUUGUGUAUGCAGUUAGUCAUAUCAUCCACAGCUUUGUAAUUAAGCUCUGAAUGCUAUGGCAUGAACGUGAAUAUUCAUGAUGAGUGUCUACAUGUAAAACGUACCUCAGGUGUGGCAUUUCAACAUCUAUAUAGCCAUUGUGCUAAUCGUCCUUGCAGAUAGAAGCAUACCUGUAUUUUUCAGCGAUGGAUUCCCUGCAUAAUGACAGCUCUUACGGCACGAUGAAUUAUGAGAGAUUUCAGAACGAAGCCUGCAUCGCGAGAAGAUCCUCUCCACUUAGAGACCUACCUGAGAUGCUCGAUGCCAGGCCAAACGCCAUCAGCAUGGCAGGAGGUCUGCCCGACCCAGUCACUUGUCCGUUCAUAGAAGCGACGAUUAAACUGAGAGAUGGUUCACAGUUGCAGAUAGACAAGGACGAAAUGAAGUUUUGUACGCAGUACUCCAAUACAGAAGGCUUUCUUGCCCUACGUCAGUGGUUUAAAGAACUACAGAGGAGGGUACAUAAUCCCCCGGCAAUGGAGGACUCGACUCAUCCUGGACAGACGGAUGUUAUCAUAAUGAACGGGAGCCAGGACGCGUUGUGUCAGUCACUGGAUGCUAUGGUAUCCCCUGGAGAUAAUGUACUGAUUGAAAGUCCAUCGUACCCCGUUCCAGUCAGUAUUUUACAACCCCUUGGAUGCAAUAUGUUACCCGUCGAGUCAGAUGCAGAUGGUAUGGAUCCAGACAAACUACGUCACAUCCUGUCCCGGUGGAGUCCCGCAGACGCAAAGAAUCCUAACAGUGACAUACCUAAAAUACUGUACUGUGUCCCUACAGGAGGAAACCCCACUGGAUCUAGCUUGACCCUGAAGAGAAAACAAGAAAUUUACAGGCUGGCCCAGGAGUACGAUAUCAUGAUCCUUGAGGACGACCCGUACUAUUACAUACAGUUUGCUGAGACAUUAGUUCCAAGUUUCCUGUCCCUAGACGUUGACGGAAGAGUGAUGCGAUUCGACUCGCUCUCAAAACUCUUAUCACCGGGGGCGAGACUGGGAUUCCUGACGGGUCCACGACCUCUGGUGCAAAAAGUUAUAUUCAAAAUCAUGUCUUCAACAAUGCAUGCGAAUGGAAUUGCACAGAUGUUCGUCCUUUCAGCUCUAAACAAGUGGGGGCACGAUGGAUUUCUUGCUCGUGCUAAAGAGAUCAGUGAUCUGUACCUAGAGAAAAGUCAGCAGUGUAUUAAAUACAUGAAGAAACAUUUAACAGGUCUUGCAGAAUGGACGGAGCCUACUGGAGGAAUGUUCAUCUGGAUAAAAAUUCUCGGUAUCACAAACACGACUGAUUUGGUUUUUAAGGCUUACCUUAAGGACGUCCUCUUUGUCGGCGGAAAUGUCUUCCAUGUCGAUCGCAGUGCCCCCUCUGAGUACAUCAGGGUAUCUUUUUCUCUCGCCACAUGUGAAAACAUGGACAAAGCUUUUUCAAGAUUAGCAGAGUGUUUGAAGGAAGAACUACCUCCAAAGACAUAAUUUAUUAAGACAAACAAAAACUUACAUCAGUCUGUAUAUAAAUAGGUAUAGUGUAUAAAGGAUGAGCAUGUACCAGGAUAAACGUUCCUUGUAAUUAGUGGAGAUGUAAAUGAUUAAUCAAUAAUGUGAUUUACAUGAAUAAUUUAUUUAUAUGUCUUAUAAUCAAAUAACCCAUUGCAAUUUGAUGAAAAAAAUGACGCUAUGUAAUUGAGGAUAAAAUAAAUAAAACAUUUAUUUAGCCGAGAAGGAUGAAUCCACAAAAAUGCACAAGUAACACACAAUUGAAGAGAAAUAUCCUGUGCAAUGUAGCAGAAAUAACGGAUUAUACAGCAUUCCAUGUAGCACCGCAUAAAGUAUCCCAUUGUAAGCUGCAGACAACAUCCCCAUACAACGUAGUCAAUUAUAGAGCUAUGCUUACAGCUGUGGAUGACAGGUUUACAUCAUUAGUUAAAUCUGACUUUACUGACACCUGGAUUUACUGACACCUGGAUUUAUUGACACCUGACCUGACUAACAGCUGACCUUACUGACAGUCGACUUUACUGACACCUGGAUUUACUGACACCUGACUUGACUAACAGCUGACCUUACUGACAGCUGACUUUACUGACAUCUGGAUUUACUAACACCUGACUUGACUAACAGCUGACCUUACUGACAGCUGACUUUAUUGACACCUGACUUUAUUGACACCUGACUUGCCUGACACCUGAAUUUGCUGACACCUGGAUCUACUAACACCUGGAUUUACGAAAACCGAUCUUUACUGACACCUAGAUUUACUGACACCUGGAUUUGCUGACACCUGGUUUUACUGACACCUGACUUUACCUGCCUUCAAUGAUAUACGGUAUUAUCUGACAGAAGCUUCGUACAGAAAACAACAUAAUUUUUACCGUCACGUAGUAGUAUGGACACUCUGUAUUCCUAGCAACAUACAUUAUGUUAUGGUUGAGUUCACGGCAAAAAAGAGACCAUAUUCCGACAUUUGGCUUUAAAAUCAUACUUCAAUAUCUGUUUUUCACUGAGUUUUCUUUCUAAAUUAUUUAAAAUUAUAUAUUUAUUGAUUAAGGUCCCGUAUGCAUGGAUUGUUAUUUGCAAAUCAUUGCCAUAUGAUUAAAUUAAUUUAAAAAAAAAAGUGUUUUCGUGCUUUAUUAUUAACAAGAUAAAUAUAAAGUUUCUAGCAUCCUAGACUACAAGCCACAUGUUGUAAGAGAUGCUGUCUGGUUAUCUGUACUGUAUGUAGUCUUAUUUGAUUUUUGUAUUAUAUGUAUAUACAAAGAAGAAAUCUGCAUCGCUUUCAUCUCUCCAAUGAGAUUCAAUGAUAUAUAUAGAUAUUAUUUCAAAUAAGAAUCUGUUAUACGGCGUUGUUCACGUUUUUGUAUUCCGUUGUAAUAUGCUCUUUGCUUUGAGUCAAACAAAGUCUCCACGGACCUAAGAUGUUAAUACAUUUAUCUUUGUUUGUAGGUACCUACAGGUUUAACUUUUGGACUUUGCAUUGUCUGCUCGUUGUGUUUCAUACCGAUCACCCCCAUUUAAUCAUAAUUGGUGGUUUGCUAAUAAAGACAAUGACACCGAAAGUCAAACAUUAUGGACAAACGCAUACACUAAGCUACAGAAGGAAAAAAAUAAUAGGUUCUAAUAUACAGGAAACCAUGAUAUACUCAAUAACAUGAGGAUAUAAUUUACACAGAUUCAAUACAUGUUACACAUCGUAUCACGCAGGGGGGAUAUCAUAGAAGAAAUACGUGUUAAACCUAUGAAAGCCAUGUUCUUAAAUAAUAAACAAUGUACAUACAUAAAAAUGUAACAUGGAGAC